AUGACAAGAAUUUUGACAGCUUGCAAAGUGGUGAAGACUUUGAAAGGCAGAUUGGAGUUUUGCAACGUGUCUGCUGAUCACUGGAGUUUCUCAAGGACUGGUACCAGGCUGUUGAGCAUCAAGGCGCAGACAGCGAACUUGGUGCUGGAAGAUGGGACGAAGAUGAAGGGCUAUUCUUUUGGCUAUCCAUCCUCCACAGCAGGGGAAGUCGUAUUCAACACUGGUCUUUCUGGAUAUACAGAAGCCUUGACAGAUCCAAGCUACAAAGGACAGAUUCUUACACUGGCUAACCCCAUAGUUGGGAACAGCGGAGUACCUGACACGGCUGCUUUGGACGAGGUGGGCCUCAGGAGGUUCCUGGAGUCUGAUGGGAUCAAG